AUGGCAAAAGAACAGUAUAUAAAAAAUAAACCACAUAUAAACAUAGGUACUAUAGGACAUAUAGACCACGGGAAGACAACAUUGACUUCCGCUUUAACUAGCGUUCUUAAAGCUAAAGGACUUGCUAAAAAAGCACACUCUUAUGAAGAAAUAGAUUCAGCCCCUGAAGAAAAAAGCAGAGGUAUAACUAUAAAUACUAAACAUGUAGAAUACGAAAGUAAUUAUAGACAUUAUGCGCAUAUCGACUGCCCUGGUCAUGCUGACUAUAUAAAAAAUAUGAUAACUGGUGCUGUACAAAUGGACGGUGCUGUUUUAGUUAUUUCUUUAACAGACGGUCCUAUGCCCCAAACAAUAGAACAUUUAUUGCUUAUAAAACAAAUAGGUAUAGAAAAUGUAAUAGUAUUUUUAAAUAAAGAGGAUAAGAUAACAGAUAUAGAGUUAAGUAAUUUUGUAGAAGAGGAGGUUAGAGACAUAUUACUUAAAUAUAAUUUUAAAGAAGAAUUUGUACAUUUCACUUCUGGAUCUGCUUUAGAGGCUCUAAAUGUUGUAAAACAAUCAUCUAAAUUAGAUUUUAAUAAUAAGUGGAUUAAAAAAAUUUUAAAUUUAGUGGACUGUAUAGAUAAAUACAUACCUACACCAACUAGAGACCUAUUAAAACCUUUUUUAAUGCCUGUAGAAGAUAGUUUUUCUAUAACAGGUAGAGGGAUAGUUGCCACUGGUAAAGUGGAAAGAGGUAGCGCUAAUAUAGGUGACAAAGUAGAGUUAUUAGGGUACGACUCUUCUAAAAUUGUUUCUAUAUUGAAUAUUGAAAUGUUUAAUAAAUCGUUACUUAAAGCAGAAUCAGGAGAUAAUGUAGGUAUAUUAUUACGUGGUGUUACUAAAGAGGAUAUAAAAAGAGGAUAUGUACUAACAGUUCCUGGUUCUUCUAAGCUGUAUAAACAAUUUAAAGCUAAUUUAUACGUACUUAGUAAGCUAGAGGGAGGUAGACAUACUGCUUUCACAGUUGGUUAUAAGCCUCAAUUUUUUAUAAGAACAGCUAACAUAACAGGGACUAUAACUAAUAUAUACUCUUCUUCUAAUGAUUUAAGUUUAGAUUUAGCUAUUCCAGGAGAUAAUGUAAUAGUUACUGCUGAUAUAGAAAAAUCUAUGCCUUUAGAAACAGAAUUAAGGUUCGCUAUAAGAGAAGGAGGUAAGACUAUUGGAGCUGGUAUAGUUAUUGAAUUAUUAAAAUAG